AUGUUGAGCGAGUGUCAAAGAUGGCGCUCCCCAAACAGGGGUCUGCCCAAAAUGUAAUGGAAGAGAAACAGUGGAGCAUGUUUUACUACAAUGCGAAGCGUACAAUUUGGAGAGAAGGGAGCUGUUGAAAAAUGUGAAAGCUUUGGGUCAAACAAGCUUGACCUUAGAGGGUUUACUCUCCUUUUCCUCACUGAGACCACCAGCAUGGAAACAUGUAUUGAGUUAUCUAAAAGCAAUAGGUUUAUUUGACAGAUUAUAAUUUAAUCUGUUGUCUAUCUAUAUGAUUUUGUUUAUUUACUUUUGUUCUUUUGCAUAGUUUAUAACGUAUAACCUCCAUCAAAGCUCUAAAACAAACAGUAGGUGGCGGUAAUGCACCAGAUUGGUUUGCCAACCGCCAAAUAAACUCAAAAGAAGAAGAAGAAGAAGAAGAUGGCGUUCCCCAUGUAGACAGUAAUGUCUUCAUUAUGUAGUGCAUUGACUUGUGAAUCGUAGACUGCCUCAUUGGAACUCAAUUUAAUAUUUAUUUCUGGAUUUUUUUAUAACUAUAAGUAAGGGUAGAGGACCUUGGCAGAGAUCAUGGCGGUUCUUGGCGACAUAAGUCGAAGUGUUCGACUGCUGUUAGGUCAAAUGCAUCGCUGCAGGACGACUACUGCUGGGAGCAAAUCUCUACUGUUGGCUCGGGGAUUCGGCCAGGCAGCCCCGCAGUCCAAGCCGGUGGUCGAUGACAACGAGGCGGUCAAUCCGACGUUUGUCAACAGGAACCCACGCAACCUCGAGCAGAUGGCCCUGGCAAUGAAAGACAGGGGAUGGGGUACGACCUGGCCCCAUAGAGAGUUCUACCACAGGUUAGUGUUCACCCGCUCCCAGCACCAUGUGACGGCUGAGGUGUUGGCCUGCGACUCCCCCACCCCGGUGCUCUCCUGCUCCACCAAGGAGUGGGCGGUGAAGCGGGAGCUGGCCUCCACCCGCUGCGUCGCGGCCUGCCAGGCCGUGGGCGAGGUCCUGGCCGAGAGGUGCCACCGGGCGGGCAUCAAGCGCAUGGUGUACCGGGCCAUCCCCUGGCAGUUCCGCUCAGACGCUAUCCAGUCCUUUAGGACGGCGCUGAAGGACGGAGGACUGGUCCUCAGUGAGCCCAGGAGGCAGUACAUCGCACCUCGAGUCAAGGCCCCGUCAGGCCCCAUGUGAAUAUUGAAUAUUGUUAUUGCAAAUCUGAAUUAAAAGAAUGGUUAACUUGUU